GUUUUGAAGAAAGUAUCUGACAUUUUUGGCUAUAAGAAUAUAGAGGACUUCAUGACAUCGCACUUAGACUAUUUGGUGGUGGAGUGGCUGAAAAUAAAGGACAGUGGAUAUAGCCUGUCUGCCUUUCCUUAUGUUCUUCUGAACUAUACUGAUCUUGAGGAAUUUUACAGGUCUUGUUAUAAAGUUUUGGUUCCACACCUGGUGAUUAGAAGUCAAUUUGAAGAUGUGAAAACACUUGGUAGCAAGAUCGGAAAAGACUGGAGGGAAGUUCUGGCAGACUGUUUUCCCAAGAUACUUGUGAAUAUCCUCCCACAUUUUGCCUAUCAAAGCCAUGGACAGAGGGAAAUAGCAGAGCAAAGAGAGACAGCUUCUAAAGUCUACGAUGUGCUCAAGGAUGAAAACUGCUUAGGGAAACAGCAAAUAGACAAUUUGUCUCAUAAUAAUUUAUCAGAGAUUGUGGUUGAACUGCUGAUGACAUUACAUGACCCACCUAACACUAAGGCAGAAGAGGGAUCUCAUCUAAGUAAAUAUAUUAGGGAACUGGAUCCUGCUCCUAAUCCUCCUCAUUNUUUUUUUCUGUUUAUAACAGUGAAUAUAACUUCUUACUUCUGCUACUGCAAUUGA